AUGGAGGACAAAUUACCAUCCAAGGAAACUCAUGUGUGGACUUUGAGCGAUUUUAUUGAACGUCGCAAAGAAUGGGAUCAAGGAGAUGAAGCACGAUUAGCAGAAUACCUUCAACAACUGUCUAAUAAAAUAACCCAAGGUGCUAAAAAUACAUUAAAUGAAUUGGACGAUUUAGUGGCCAGCAUAGAUGACACUGCCGUUCAAAUAGCAAACAUCAAUAAUGAAUUUCAGUUAUUAGCAGACAAACAGUUUAUAGAAAAUAAAGUUCAAGAAGAAGACGAGACAGUGCAAACUAAAGUUGAAAAGCCAGUUAUACGAGAAAUCAAUGAAGCUGAUACAUUCGCAAAUAAUAUAAAAGAAGCACUUAAAAACAGCUUUAAAGCUAUUGAUACUCACUUUGAGAAAAUUACUGUUGUAGUUAGUGAUUCUGAUGACGAUGACGAUGAACUUAAACACGAAGAAACUGUUUUAAAGCCAAGGAUAUUUUACAAAAAAUUAAAUCUUCCUUCACUAAGUAGUAAUACACUAUCUGAGAUUGUUGUAGAUAAUGCCAUGUUUUCAGAUUCAGAUUCUGAUGUUGAACAACCUACCAAUACAUUUAAGGAUCAGGAAUCGUUAUCUAGCAAUGAUGCAUCCGAAGAAGACAUCUAUUCUAUUAGUGAAUCAAAGAAGACAUAUUAUGAACCUAAUCCUGAAUCAGUAGCUACCAAUAAUAUUAUUUUUGAAUCAGAAAAACCUGUACCUAAAAAUAUACCUACAUAUGCACAUUAUGAUGAAGAUGAUUUGCUUAGUCCACCACCUUUAAUUAAUGAUGAUGACAAUGACAAUUUAGAGAAUGAAUAUAAUAUAUUUGGUAAUGGUAAUAAUAUGUUUGGUGAAAAAAACUUAUGGGAUGAUAUUGAUGAUGAUGACAAUGAUGAUUUUUCAAAUGAACCACCUUUACCUAUAUACUCAGACAAACCACCUCAGCAAGAAACUAAAUCUAAUACUCAAGAAAAGGUUGAACAACCAAGUAUACAACAAACACUGAAUGACGAAUUGCGGAAACGAUUCCAAAAAGAUAGUACACCUUCUUCGUCAGAUAAUGUAAAUGUCAUAUCAUCCAAAAUAAAAUUACCUAAAGGAGCUGUUAAUAUUCUUGGUGGAACUGAUAUAAAAUCAUACAUUUCCAGUCCUCCUCAAAACAUAAAACCAUCAACAAUACCUGAGAUGAGUAAAAAAGUGGCGGAAACAACCCAGAAUGUUACUGUUGAAGAUAUUAAAGAAGAUUUUAAUAUUACAAAUAAACUUGUUGACAAUUCCAAUCCAAAUCCAGUUACUGUUGCACGUAAAGAUUUAAUAAAAGAAACUAAACCUAUAAAAAAACGAUCACUAUUUGAUCAGGAAUCAGAUGAUGAUGAUUUGUUUACCAAUAAAAAUGCAACAGUUUUUCCAGCUAUAAAACCAGAAAUUUUGGAAUCUAAAAAAAGUUUAACUAAAGAUAAAAAAUCAUCAAGAAAUAUAUUUUCCGAAUCAGAUUCAGAUGAAGAAUUUAUGGAUUCAAAAUUGAAAACAAAAGAAUUAGCUUCUCAUUCUCUUAAUGAUAAUAAUUCUACAAAACCUUUAGACUCUUCAUCUGAUGAUGAUUUAUUUAGUAUUAAAUCUAUUAAUAAGAUAAUACCAAAAGAAAGAUCUGUAAAAAGUCCUUCGCCAAUUCUUGUUGAAGUAUUAAAUAAAUCAAAUGAAAUACAACAUGUACCAAAACCUCCCCUACAAGAAAAUAAACUUACAGGUAAAUUAAAUAAGGAAGUUAUUGAUGAAUUGAAAAAGUAUUCAGCAAAUUCUAGUGUGGCUGAUAUUAAAGUUACUGAAAAAGAAUCAUUACCAAAUAAAAACACAUUAAACAGCAAUAUUAGGAAAUUACCAAACAAUGACAAUAUUAUGGUACAAAGUAAUCAAAAGCCUUCAAUUUCAAAACAGCCAAAAAAGUUAAGCAAUUUUUUUUCAUCAGAUGAAGAUGAUUUUGAUGAUGAUACUUUGUUUAAUGUUAAUAUACCGAAUAAAAAUAGCAUUAAUAGAGAUCAACCAAUUUCUAAUGCAAAAGAGUUAGGCCAAAACAAAAAUUAUGAGCUUCGUGGAUCGAAAGUAAACUUGUUUGAUUCUUCUUCUGAUGAUGAUAUAUUUAUUACUAAUAAACCAAAUAAUAAUCUUGCAUCUUCCACAAUCAGAAAACAAUCUAGUUUUAAUGAAAUUCAAAAUAUAAGUAUCUCAAAAGAGAUUGAUGAUUUUGCCAUAACUAAUAAAAUACCAAACAUUGAUAAUAUAAAUCAGACUGGAAAUUACAUUUUAGAUAAAAAUAAUACCAACACUUUUAGUCUAUUGUCUGAUGAUGAUGAAGAUGUAAAUUAUUUGUCAUUUGAUAAAAAUAUUUCGGAUGCCUCUAUGGAUGUAUCUAAUAAUCAAAAUAUAAACGAGAAAAUAUUGACUGUUAGUUUGUCAUCUGAUGAAGUAAGUCCACAAAUGGAUCAAAAUAAUCAAGGUAUAUUUCAGAAUACACCUGAUUGCUUACAAAAUAGUAAGAAUCAUGAAACAUUUAACGAAAAAGAGAUUCAUAUGCCAUCACAGCCCAAAAAUGAAAUAGUAUCAAAUGAAAAUACAAUCCAGAGUAAUAAAAAUUCUAUAUUUUCAAGUAGUGAUGAUGAACAACAAUUAUUUUUCAGUCCAAAAAUACAAAAUGAAAAUUCUAAUAAAGAAACUAAAAUGAUUUCUCCAACAUCAAAUCUAUCGCUAGAAAAUGUAUUAAAUAAUAAGAAUCAAGAAUCAUUUAAUGAAAAUGAUAUAAAAACUACAACAUUACCUAUUUCUUCAGAAAAUAUAAAUCAGGGUGUCAACAAUUCUAUAGUUUCAAGUAGUGAUGAUGUAAAACCAAUUGCUUUUAAUUCAAAUAUUCAAAAUGUGAAUACUAUUGAGGAAAUUAAAGUGGUUCGUCCAACAUCAAACUUGUCUCUUAAGGAUUCUAUUGAUGGGCCUUAUUUCAGUUCACCAAAUUCAAAAAACGAAACUUCAAAAAAAAUUCCAGGAAAAUUGAAUAAAAAUGCUGGUGCCUUUAUAAAUAUUGCAAGUCUACUUCCUAAUUCUAAAAGCCCAUUGAAAAUAUCAAAUAUUCCUCGAUCGGUUUCAUUAGAUGAAAAGAAUGAUGAUACUUUACCAACUGAUGGAACAAAGCUUUUUAGUGCUGAAAAAGAAAGAGCCAGAAUUCAAGUAAAAAGACGUCCACAAAGUCGAAAAGCUAGAAUAGCUGCAGCUCGGAUGUCAUCUAUAGAUAUUGGUUCUGAAACAAACUUUCAAGAGUCAUCUCGUUUAUUUGUUUCAACAUCUAAUUUAGUUGACUAUCAAUCUAGUCCAAUACUAAAUGACGGCAUUACAGAUACAGAUUCUUCAAAUGAAGUUAACAAAAAAGUCCUAGAACCACUGGGCAACAAAUCAAUUGUGGCUAAUGAUGAUAAAAUAUAUGAAAAUAAUGAAAAAAUGGAAACAAAAACCGAGCUUAAAAAAAAAUCUUUUUCGGAUUUAUUUGAUGACGACUCAGAUUCACAUGAGUCAAUUCAACAAGAAUUUGAUACAAAAAAUAGUGGUGAUAACAAAAAAAUAACAGUAGAUGCACAACUAUUAGAAUCCAAUAAAUCAGUACAAGAACAACUCCCAGUAAUUGAAUCAGUGCAUGAAAAACUUCUAGUGAAUGAAACACUUAAAGAAAAACAACCAGAACUCGAACCAAUGAAAGGAAUACAGCCAAAUAUUGAACCAGUUAUUGAAAAACUUUCAGAAAUUGAACCAAUAUGUGAAAAACAAGUUAAAGCAUUCAAUAUGAAUGAAUUACAAGAAAAUAAAUCUAAAUCUCUGAUUUCAAAUACGUUACUAUCUAAGAAAUCCAAUUCUUUAUUUGAUGAUGAUGAUGAUGAUGAUAUAUUCUCUCGAAAAUCUGGGAAAGUUAAUAAGCCGUCAUCAAAUAUAUUUGACAGUGAUGAUGAAUUGGAGUUUAACCAAACAUUUUCAAAACAUAAAUCUGAUAAAACCAAGUCAAUAUUUGGUGAUGAUAGUGAUGAUGAUCUAUUUAAUACUCCCAGCAAACCUUCAGGAAAAAAUUUAACUUCUCAAAAACCAAUUGAUAAAUUUAAUCAACGCCAAAAUCGAUCUGGGGAUGGAUAUGUAAAACUUGCUGCUGAAAGUGUUGCUGUUAAUCCGUUAGAAUCUAAGAAAAACUGA